GCAGCUCCCUCCAAGAUGGCUGCGGCGACGGCGGACCCGGGACCUGGGAGCCCGCAGGCUGGGGACUCCUCCAGCGGAGGCACCGGGGGCGGACUACCGUCUCCCGGGGAGCAGGAGCUGAGCCGGCGCCUGCAGCGCCUGUACCCCGCGGUCAACCAGCACGAGACCCCGCUGCCGCGCUCCUGGAGCCCCAAGGACAAGUACAACUACAUCGGCCUCUCUCAGGGCAACCUCCGUGUCCACUACAAAGGUCAUGGCAAAAAUCACAAAGAUGCAGCCUCAGUACGUGCCACUCACCCUAUACCUGCUGCCUGUGGUAUUUACUACUUUGAGGUGAAGAUUGUCAGCAAAGGAAGAGACGGGUACAUGGGAAUAGGACUCUCAGCUCAAGGUGUCAACAUGAACAGACUUCCUGGUUGGGACAAACAUUCUUAUGGUUACCAUGGCGAUGAUGGGCAUUCCUUUUGCUCCUCGGGAACUGGCCAGCCCUAUGGUCCCACAUUCACCACAGGGGAUGUGAUCGGCUGUUGUGUCAACCUCAUCAAUGGCACCUGCUUCUACACCAAGAAUGGCCACAGCCUUGGAAUAGCCUUCACAGACCUCCCGGCCAACCUCUACCCCACCGUAGGCCUGCAGACACCUGGGGAGAUUGUGGAUGCCAACUUUGGACAGCAGCCUUUCCUUUUCGACAUUGAGGACUACAUGCGGGAAUGGCGUGCCAAAGUCCAAGGCACUGUCCACGGCUUCCCCAUAAGUGCCCGGCUUGGAGAGUGGCAAGCAGUGCUGCAAAACAUGGUCUCAUCAUACCUGGUGCAUCAUGGGUAUUGUGCUACAGCUACAGCUUUUGCCCGAAUGACUGAAACCCCGAUUCAGGAAGAACAGGCGUCCAUAAAGAACAGACAAAAGAUCCAGAAACUGGUGCUGGAGGGCCGUGUGGGCGAAGCCAUCGAGACAACCCAGCGCUUCUACCCUGGGCUGCUGGAGCACAACCCCAACCUGCUCUUCAUGCUAAAGUGCCGGCAGUUUGUGGAGAUGGUGAAUGGCACUGACAGUGAGGUCCGCAGCUUGUGCUCCCGGAGCCCCAAGUCUCAGGACAGCUACCCUGACUCCCCCAGCCUCAGCCCCCGACAUGGCCCCAGUAGUUCCCACGUGCACAACACAGGAGCUGACAGUCCCAGCUGCAGCAAUGGCGUCGCUUCCACCAAGAGCAAACAGAACCACAGUAAAUAUCCCGCACCCAGCUCCUCCUCCUCAUCCUCGUCCUCCUCGUCCUCCUCUUCCCCAUCCUCCGUCAAUUACUCCGAGUCCAACUCAACAGACUCCACCAAGUCCCAGCCCCACAGCAGUACCAGUAACCAGGAGACCAGUGACAGUGAAAUGGAGAUGGAAGCAGAGCAUUAUCCUAAUGGUGUGCUGGAAAGCAUGUCCAGUCGCAUUGUCAAUGGUGCCUACAAGCACGAAGACCUGCAGACAGAUGAGUCCAGCAUGGAUGAUGGGCAUACGCGGCGGCAGCUCUGCGGGGGCAACCAGGCUGCCACAGAAAGGAUCAUCCUGUUUGGCCGUGAGUUGCAGGCACUGAGUGAGCAGCUGGGCCGCGAAUACGGCAAGAAUUUGGCCCACAUGGAGAUGCUACAGGAUGCCUUUAGUCUACUGGCAUACUCAGACCCCUGGAGCUGCCCAGUUGGUCAGCAGCUUGACCCCAUUCAGAGGGAACCUGUGUGCGCUGCUCUCAACAGCGCCAUUUUAGAGUCUCAGAACCUGCCAAAGCAGCCUCCUCUGAUGCUUGCCCUGGGCCAAGCAUCUGAAUGUCUCCGGCUCAUGGCCCGUGCAGGCCUAGGAUCUUGCUCCUUUGCCAGAGUUGAUGACUACUUGCACUAGCUGACCUUACUGACUGGCCCCAUCUGGCCUUCCUUCAGCCCCAGGGCUGGAGCAGCCUUGCCCUCCAUAGGACCUGGCACGGGGACCUGGAAGCCAUGGGCAAAGUCUACUCCUUCUUCCUGGCUGACCCUCCCUACUUUCCUUUCCUUCCCUCCCUCCCUUCCUGCCUUCUUCCUUCUGUCCUCCUUCCCUCCCUCCUCUCUGUUUCUCUCCAUCCCUCAGUACCCCUUUCACGUGCAGCGGCCUGUGACGCAGUAUUGGCUGGUUACUCAUGUAGCGCCUUCUCCUUUAAAGGAGGUUUUGUUUUGAGGAGGGGUUUGGGUUUUUUAAUCUUUUUUUUCCUCCUGACUGAGCCACCAGUGUUUAUCUCGGGAGAGAGUUUGUGCUGAGCUGGUUUCUGCUAAUUUAGUGAUGCAGCCUAUCCAGGUUGGUGAGAGCUUAUUAUUUUCAUAAGUAAAAACAAACACACACACACAAACAAAUGAGAUUUUAUAUAUAUAUAUAUAAAAAUAUAUAUUAAAAAAAGACAGUAUUUAUCGUAGCAUUAGUAGGCCUGUGCACCUCUUGGGUAAGGCUGUCCAGACACCAUGUGUUUUUAUUUGAGUCCAACUCAUUAAAAAAAAUCAUCUCUUGUCACCUCAAUAAAGCGAUUUAUUUUUAGGCUCUCCCUUUGUUGAGCCACAGGCCCAGCUUCUGCCCAUGAAAGCUAAAUAGGCUUCUGGAGGGCCACUUGGUGGCAUCAGGCUAAGCUGUUACACAGCAUCCCGAGAGGUCUGGGUCAGUAGGUCUCUGAGAGCUGGUCAGAGCAGACCUUCAGGUCCCAGGGGUCUAGAGAAUUGAUGAGUUGACCUAGGGGCACACAGCAAAGCAAAGAAGCACAGGGUCCUUAUCCAGCAUGCUGUCUACCACUCUGUCCUGCCUUUCACUGCCUGCCUUGCCCUGUUUUCUUCCCUUCUCAAUGUCCUGCCUUCCUUUGUUAAGAUGGCCAAAUAAUUCAGUUAGUCUCAGUUGAUUGCCUGGAAACUACCUGCCUUCAACCCAGGAGCUGCUCUAUGCCAGGCUGCCAAGAGGAAGACUGUUUCCGGGACAGAAGUCCUUGAGGACAGGGGCUGCUUCCUUCUGCCCGGGUCUUCAUCAUCGCUUCCCAGAUGGGACUGAUGCUUUUUGUGCAGAAGCUGGUCCCUCAUGGAGACAGAUCCUUGGGCCAUUGGUCCUCAGAGUGGAUAGAACCCCUGACACCCUGGGGCAGCUUGGCCCUAGCUACUCUUAGGAAGCAUAAAGGACCCCAUGGGUCUUACAAAGGUCCCGCCAGCUGUUUCGGAUGGAUCCUCACAGCUGGUAGAACAAAAGUCUCACUACCACAGGAAAGACUGUGCUGCUGCCAGGACUUGGGAGGCCAUCUGUCGAGGGGGUUGGCUGCCGAGGAAGAGAAAAGGAGGCCUACCCAGAGGAGCAUGUGGAAGGGCUGGGAUGUCUGUGCUUGCUUCACAGUGUGAGGGAGAGCCCAAGUAGCCUCUGCAAAUAUUAGGAUCAGCUGUGGCAAAACCAGAAGGUGAACUUCUAGUCCUUGUCUGAAUCUGGGUUGGGUGAGCUCCUGUUCCGUUAGUGGACAGAAAAAUGGUGUGUUCUGUCCAUAACAGGACUCACCAGCUCCGUGGCUUGACCAGAAAAGUGAUCUAGACCAUCUGCCAGUGAAGGGCCUGGACCCUGGCUCUGAAAUCUUUCAGAAUUUUAUCUUGGAGAUGAACCUAUUGGCUCUUUCUUGGUCCCUGCCAGGGUACCAGCUAGCAGCUGAUUAGAAGGCUUUGUCCCAUAGGUAAAGAAUCCAUCUGUGCAAAGCUGGAAAAACUAAGCUCUAAACUCAAAGGUCAGAAAUACCAGAUUGUUACAUUGGUCAGCUUAGCGGAAUUGGAAAUUAAAACUAGAAGCAUUUGCAUCUGUAGUAGAGUUCAGAGAACAUCUCCACCAGUCAUUCCCUUUCACAGUUAAGGAAACAGACCCAGGAGAUAAAGUGACUUGGCCAUAGUCACUCAGCAAAUAGUAGCAGAGCCAGGACUGACUAUCCCUGUGUUUGGACAAUGUUGUCUAGACCUGAAGCAGAAUGGCAGAUGAGCCCUGUGAGGGGUUAGACUGGUAUGACUUCUAGCAAUGCCUGAGCAGCUGGUACCUUCAGGGGUGGGAAUAGGUGCUUAGACUUGGGUUGUGGAGCAGCUGAGAGAAGGCCUAGGAAGGCCUGGGACUGCUGUGUGCUGCAUAGGGUUGGCUGUCUGCCUGGCUCACACUCAGUACCCAUGGUCAUCUCCCCAUUUUCUGUGCCUUAUCUCACUGUUUCAGCUGAGUCCAAGUUGUUUACUCUCGUUCCUCUUCAGAGGGGCUUUCUGUCCUAGUUGGACAGCUCACCUUUGGGACAUAAGCCUUUGUCCCACAAGCUAUGGAGAGGGCCAAAAUCAAGCUGCUGGAGCUGGCUGUCUUGCUGAUAGUCCAGGUCUGUCUGCAGCCAGGGUGUCCCCUACAUACCCCAAGUCCUACUACUACCUUGCUUCCAGGAGCCAGAAUGGGAAAAAGUACCUGGGAGCAGCUUGGUGAAGGGCUGGACCUGACCCCUAGGGAUAGGAGGAAGACCUGGCUCCGUUGGGUUGUCCACCCUUGGGGGAACAGCCUUCUCUACACACCUUCCCUUUGUGGUACCAGAUGGUAGCUCUUCCCCAGGCAGACACUGGUAGACUACUCAAAGUCAAAACCCCUCCUCCCCAUCCUUACCUACAUGGGUCUGUGGCUGGGUUCAGGCUGUUUGAACAGGGACACCACAAGAUAGAGAAGUGGGAACUGCCUGGUCACCGAGCACCUUCCCAGCCCUUAAGCAAGCACAAAGAUGAGGCAGAAGACUGUUGGAGCGGCAAGUUCUUUUGGUUGCUCUGGCUGCUCACAACUCAGGUAUGUGUGCUGUGUGGCAGCUGGACAGCAGAAUCCUAUUUGACCACCAGUCCUAUGUACCUGGACCUGUGGCCAGAUGGUGGCUUCUGGCUGUCCCCCAGCACCCACCUCUUUGCAUAGGGUUUUCCUCCAUUAUUGACUACAGCUGAAACAGACAUCCUCCUCCACAUCAUGCACACUGGUUCUGCCUUUGUCCUCGCAAGUUGAUACUUGGCAUUAGCUUAAAACUUGUGGGUGUGGGAGGGUUGAGAGAGAAUUCUAACACAAAACAUCCUAUUAAAAUUGUACUUGAGAUGAAAACAACUCUUGUUGUAUUUUGACAGAAUUAUUUUUAUUAAAAUACACAUCCAUGAGCAA